CUUCCAGCCAAUCAGAUUACAGAGAAACUGGAAGUAGGCAACUACUACGCACUCAUACAAAAGUGACUCUGGGGUAAAGUUUUUGAGUGAAAGCAACUUUAUCAACCCUAUUUUGACGGGUUUUCCGGCUGAGCGACAUUGUUUUCUUCGAUUCUGGCGCGAUGGUUCUGAGUGAGUGGACUUGACCGAAGCGACAGCGUUUGAAAAACUUGUAUUUUUGUGCCUCAAUGAUAUCCGGAUAACAACCGUCGUUGCUGCAUAAACAUUCGUGGCUAGCAUGCCACGCAAGCAGCUGGAAAAUGUUUCGUUUGGAGUCACCUGUGGCCCGUUUCCGUCGAAGUUUCUGACAUAUUUCUGCUGACUUGACUCUUGACUCUCGACAUGAGACUCAUGAAGCUGAGGAGAUACCUGCGGGGGAGUGGGAGGGUGCUGGUUUUUGUGUUUGCUGCUUCUAUCAUUUGGCUGCUGUUUGACAUGGCUGCACUGAGAGUGUCAAUAGACGACGUGAACAGUCACAUCCUGAAGGAGCGCAUGUUCAGGGACAGAGAAGUGAGAAGGCAGCGGGUCAGAGUCACCCCAAAUGUGAGAAUGGACUUCAGACACCCGGUUCAGAGGCUGGACUCUGCAGCUGCUCGUGACAGGGACAGACCACUAGCCUCAGAUGUGUACAGAGAGGGAGGUAAAAGAGGACAAAAAGUGAAUUGGAGACAAGUAGAUAAUGAUCUUAAGAGUGACAACUUUAAAUCUGUGGCUCCUCAACACAAACCUGUUAAUAAUGGUGUCAUAUCUAAGCAGGAUGCUCCCGGAAAGAAAAAGGUACUAAAUUUGGACUUUGGUGUUGCCGUAGCCAAUGCAAGUCAAAUACAAGCAAAUAAAAUUAAUUUAGAGGAGAGUGUUGCAAAACUUGCGAAAAAUGAAACAAAAUCCAUCAAGUUGGAGUCCAAAGACAUACUUCCUUCCAAAGUAAAGUCUCACCAAGAACCCAACAAGGAUCCAAAUGAGGAAAAGGAACCACUCAAACCAACAGCCGACCUUAGAAUGGGAAAUAUCGCCACUGCAGUCAGAAAAUCAGGUGUCCACAAAGUGCUCUCUCUGGAUGUGACGCACGCUCCCCGAGAUCCAAAUGCGGUGGGCCAGUUUGGUCGAGGAGUGAUCCUUCCCAGUAGUGAGGAUGGCGAGGUGAGGAGGAGGUGGGAUGAAGGUCAUUUUAAUGUCUACCUCAGCGAUCAGAUCCCAGUGGACCGUGCCAUUCCUGACACCAGGCCGGAAGUAUGUUCGCAGGCUGUUGUCCACGACGACUUGCCUUCCACCAGUGUCAUUUUCUGCUUUGUGGAUGAGGUGUGGUCCACUCUCCUGCGCUCCGUGCACAGUGUGCUGAACAGAUCUCCACCACAUCUCCUCAAGGAAAUCAUCCUAGUGGAUGAUUUCAGUACUAAAGAUUACCUCAAAGAGCCGCUGGAUAAAUACAUGUCCCAAUUUCCCAAAGUGCGAAUCGUUCGCCUGAAAGAGCGUCAGGGCCUGAUCCGGGCCAGGUUAGCUGGAGCUGCUGUUGCCAAAGGUGAGGUUCUUACCUUCCUGGACUCACAUAUUGAGUGCAACGUGGGCUGGUUGGAGCCCCUCUUGGAGAGAAUUUACCUGGAUCGCAGGAAGGUUCCCUGUCCCGUUAUUGAGGUCAUCAACGACAAGGACAUGAGUUAUAUGCUGAUUGACAACUUCCAACGAGGUAUUUUCAAAUGGCCUUUGGUGUUUGGCUGGAACGCGCUCUCUGAGGACUACAUCAGGAAACACAACAUGACAGUUUCAGAUCCCAUCAGGUGUCCAGUUAUGGCUGGAGGACUUUUUUCUAUUGACAAAAAUUACUUCUAUGAGCUUGGUACCUAUGACUCUGGUCUGGAUGUGUGGGGUGGAGAGAACAUGGAGAUUUCAUUUAAGAUCUGGAUGUGCGGAGGAGAAAUCGAGAUCAUUCCCUGCUCCCGCGUCGGACACAUUUUCCGAGGACAGAAUCCGUAUUCGUUUCCGAAGGACAGGCAGAAGACGGUGGAGCGAAACCUGGCCAGAGUGGCGGAAGUUUGGCUGGAUGAGUACAAGGACCUUUUCUACGGCCACGGAUACCACCACCUGCUGGAUAAAAGUGUCAUCGAUAUCGGCAACCUCACUGAGCAGAUAGAGCUGAGACAGAAACUCAAGUGCAAGAACUUUAAAUGGUACCUGGAGAACGUGUACCCUGAACUGGACGCUCCGUUAGUCAAAGCUGAAGGCCUGGUGUUCAACCAAGGCUUAAGAAAGUGUCUCACAAUGUUUAAAGACACUUUGUCAUUUGACAUGUGUGAUCUUAAUAAGCAGAGUCAGCACUUUAGCUACACUUGGAUGAGGCACUUUCGUCAGGGGGACCUCUGCAUCGCUCCCCAACCGAACAUCAACAGUUUUGCUUUAGUCUCCUGCGACAACACUAAACCCGAACUCCGCUGGUUCCACAGAUCUUCAAAAUCCACUAUUGCGGAUCACUUCAUAGCAGAGUUUGUUUCCCACCAAUCGUGCCUGGAGGCAGAAUCCCGGGAUGAUUCUCUCCGCCUCAGCCCCUGCGACUCCAACAACAGCUUCCAGAAGUGGCAGUUCACACAUUAUAAUGUUCAAGUGUGAGGAUGUUUCUAUGGUGGUAGUAAUGUGGGAUUGUGGGUCAAAGAUGUUAAACUUACUGUGGUUUAUUUAAACCCAUGAAGACCUGAAGUUGUGUUUUAAUAUGCAUCAGAUCUGAAUGAGGUAAAAAAAACGGGGUUUGGAUGUAUUUUUUUGUUAAACACUCCCAAAAGAAAUACCAAAAAGUGCCUUUUUUGCAUAAUGGUACAAAGUUUUCAAAGAUGUUACAUAUUUUAUGCUUUGUGUUUAAAUUUAACAGCUUCAUUCUUUUGGAUUUGGAAUCGGAUGUGGAAAUAUUUAUGGAUAAUUUUCCUUUUUUGACACUAGGGGGCAGCAUUGGCUCAAACUAUUGAAACUGUGAUGAUACUAUGGUUUUACUACCUGUGAUUAAGUUUUUAUGGAUCAGAGUGUUUAAAAAAAUAUUUUUAAUAAGGUGUGACAAAUUAAAGUCUUGAGAAGAA